CCUCAUCAUCCUAGAAACAUCUAAACCUUUCAGUCAACCAAUUACUCAAGAUGAAGCUAUUUUCAAUUAUCUCUACCGCUUUUCUUAUUACUGCAGUAGCAGCCAUCCCUUCGAUCAACGAAGCCGAGAACCGUGAUGUCCAUCAAGGCAUGAAGCGAGAGGCGGAAGACAACAGGAACUAUAUAUGUCCAACCGAUGAAUCUAACCGUUGUUGUGACAUCUGCAUACUUCAGUCUCAGACUGGUUGGAAUAUACCAACUUGCUGCACCAACUGUGGAUGUACAAAGAACUUUUAGUGGUUGUGAGUGUUAUGGUCUGUGAGUUUCAUGCCUCGACAUAGGUUUUCCCUUAUCCGAUGAGAUAGGCUUCUCUAUGUUGUAAUGUGAAUACAAGGGCUUUAAUUGACCUGGAUGCCCUGUAUAAUUGAGUGGUGUAUGCUACAUUGAACUACUGUUGGACGAGGACAGGUUAGCUUAUAGAUAAGCAAUGAGUAGGAAGGAAUAUCGAACACCAUUGGAUCUUGACUAGAUUAGGCCUCAAAUCUUAAUCUAUGAUAAAAU